AGGGAAAUAAGGAGGCGAUUGUUAGGGAGUCGGAGAUGUUUAUAAAGGCUGGAAUGAGAGAGAGAGAGACAAAUUCAUCACACACAUCCACAAACAGGAAGAGAAGAUCACAGAAGAUUGCCUGCACUGAUAAUCACACAGACACCAUGUUGAGAAAGCGUCCUGCUUCUCCACUCCUUCUUUCUGUUGCCUUACUAAUCACCUCCAUAUUUGCAUCAUCAACGCCAUCGCUGUCAGCAUCACGACACAGUCCCACCCACCAACCCAGCAUUCCCAAUCCUCGUUUAUACAAUCCCAGUGAAUACUACGAAGAUGAUUAUGAAGACUUAUUGAGCACAGAAGUGACACGCAAACCCGGGGGUUCUCCAUCUCUGCCAUGCCAGUAUGACAUUUGCAGGGACCAGCAGGAGUCAUGUCAGAAGCUCUCACUCAUUUUGUUGUGCUCCUGCCCUGGUAUCAGCGGCCCCUUUGACCCUCCAGACCCUCCUUCUCUCCACAGUCUGUCUUUAGAAAGCAGGGGAGUGGUGGUUGUGCGGUGGUGCGAGCCACCCUCCACGGUCACACAGUACCGCGUGUAUGUGGAGGGUGAGGAUGAGGUGCGUGAGGCGAGAGAGAAUAGGAGGAUGAUGGAGCUGGGAGAUCUAGCUCCUGGCACUAAGGUGUGUGUGGAGGCGGUGAACAAUGUGGGUGUCAGCACCCAGGACAGAAAAUCGUGCGCCCGCUUCGAGCCCAGCAGCUCUGAGACAAGGCUUGCUGUGAAGUUGGUGCUUAUCGGAGCAGCAGUGGUACUGGUGAUAGUGAUCGUGUUGUCACUGUUGGUCUGGUGGUGCAAGAGACGCCAGAAAACUCCAACACGGACAGCAAACGAAGGAACCGCCGGAGUGCUCUGAGGGAGAAAAAAAAAGGAAGCAGGAGAUCUCAAAGAUCUGGGGCUGGAAGGGAUUUUUACUGAAGUGACUGUAGAAAAGCACUUUAAUAACAUGUUAAUAUUGUUUGAGUGUUUAAUUGUUGGGUUUUUUUGUGUGGCUUUUUACUGUUAUGACUAUUAUUGCUAUUAUUAGUAUUUUUUUUUUUCUUAGAGAUGUAUUUUUUGGAAGUUGAUCUCUUGAAGUAUUUUAUGUUGAAAUUACUUUUUUUUCUAACUAAUGGAGUGAAAGCCUAAAUCUUGCCUUUGCACAAGACUCUGUGCUCAUGUUGAUAAUCCAGGACAUGUUAAACUCUAUCCCUGCUGAUGAUGUGCUUGUACUUUUGUGUCACAGAACGAACAAUGCUGAGGUUCUUAGUCAGUCAUAAAACUUGUUUGUCUUUGAAUUUUAUUUGUUCCAAUGAUAAUACGAUGCUGGAGGGUGACCGAUCGGAACCAACAGGUUCAGAACUAAAAGCUGAUCUGCUUGAGCAAUGAGUGAUGAACCAUGCAGUGUGGAUUUACUUUUUUUUAAUAAAAUGAUAUUUUCUUAUUAGUGUGAUGCCUAACUGGGGGUGGGAGUGGGGGAUUGAUUACAAUUGCAGUGACUGCAUUACAUAGGGUAGCCAUUCGGGGUUAGAGCUGAGCAACUUCAUUCUGAGUCUUGGUCUAAAAAUGAAACAAGUACUGCCUGAUAAAUUCCAUAUUACAAAUCACAAUUUUUAUGCAUCUUUGUACCACAGCCCUGCUGAGUUCUCAAUUCUGAUUGGUUAGAAGGUCUUGAUUCAUUUUGUCUAAGGAGAUGUUUAUUUGACACUCACAGAAAGAGUUUCUACCAAUUGGGAACGGGUUCUUGAGCCAGUUCCAUUCAGGAUUCUUUGAACCUUGGUGCCAUGAGAACCGGUCCAUGUUUUCACCAGUUUGGAACAGAACCAUUGUAAUCAAAAAUGCGUCAUGAACAAAAGGUGUUGCACAAUGCACACCGGGAGUAAACAGGAGGAGCAAGGUGGUGGUGCACAUUGAUUGAUUGAUUGAUUGAUUGAUUGAUUGAUUGAUUGAUUGAUUUUCCUGAGAGAUUUUGUUCUGUUAAUCCAGAUAUUUUUCUUCAUUCAAAUUUUUUUCUGAAGCUGUUUCCUUUUCGUUCUCCAUUUCUGCGCUCUGCUUCCUCUCCAAACUGACAUGCCCACUGAUGGUUUACACUGGAAAAGCCAGCAAUCUUUUGGUUUCAGCUGGGAGACAACUUAUUAGGUUCCAAACCCAUUUAUUAUUGGUCAAAAUGGUCUGGGGUGGGUUUCCCAAAAGCUUUUUAACACUAAAAGCAUAUUAACUAGGAGAGAGAGUGAAUGUUUAUUGUGCUGCUCGCUUGACCAUUUAACGAUGAUCUUUAUACUACGAUGCUUUUGGGAAACUUGGCACUGAACGGUUCAAAGUUUGGUGGGUGAACAAGAAUGGAACCUUUUCCUUGUUGGUUGAAAUGAGGUAACAGAGGUAAAGUUUUCUGACAUCUUUGACACCGAGGAGGUUCCACUUUGCAGUUUCUCGGUACCAUGACGAGCUGUGGGUUUUUUUUUCAUUUUAUUUCCAGAGAGUGUAAAACAGAGGCUGGGGAAGGAAUGACUGUUGAUAGCUGCUAUAACAGAAGUAAUAACAGGAACUUGUUUCAUGGAUGUUCUAUAAUAAUUGUGGUGAUAAAUACAUAAAAUGUAAGUGUCAUUUUUAGCAAAUUGCUGAUAUAGGACUAAUAAAAGACUUCAGGACGUGCUGUUAAUUAACAAUUACUUGCCUCAGGCUCAGUGAAUAUCGGUGAAUGAUAAUCGAAAUGAAGCUGAAGUUAUCAUUCACCGAUGUUCACUGAACCUGAGGCGGAUAAUUGUUUUAGUAUAAAUACACAGGUGGUUAUUAUUUUUUCAAUCAUACACUACCGUUCAGAAGUUUGGGGUCACUUUGAAAUGUCCUUAUUUUUGAAAGAAAAGCACUGUUCUUUUCAAUGAAGAUCACUUUAAACUAAUCAGAAAUCCACUCUAUACAUUGCUAAUGUGGUAAAUGACUAUUCUAGCUGCAAAUGUCUGGUUUUUGGUGCAAUAUCUCCAUAGGUGUAUAGAGGCCCAUUUCCAGCAACUCUCACUCCAGUGUUCUAAUGGUACAAUGUGUUUGCUCAUUGCCUCAGAAGGCUAAUGGAUGAUUAGAAAACCCUUGUACAAUCAUGUUAGCACAGCUGAAAACAGUUGAGCUCUUUAGAGAAGCUAUAAAACUGACCUUCCUUUGAGCAGAUUGAGUUUCUGGAGCAUCACAUUUGUGGGGUCGAUUAAAUGCUCAAAAUGGCCAGAAAAAUAUCUUGACUAUAUUUUCUAUUCAUUUUACAACUUAUGGUGGUAAAUAAAAGUGUGACUUUUCAUGGAAAACACAAAAUUGUCUGGGUGACCCCAAACUUUUGAACGAUAGUGUAUUUUUAAAAAAUGAUUUGUUUCAAACUUCAAAAUCAGCAUGUAAAUGUAAUAAUUUUGCGGUGUAGACUUGUCCCUUAUCUAGGCCAAGUCACAUAAAAUACUUUGUUUUGAAAUCGAUAAAAUAAAUCACAAUCCCACCUCACCUCUAAAUAGCUUUAGAGCAAACUUUGUAGCAUUUUAGUGCUUUUAGGAACAGCAUUUUCUUGUAAUUCUUCCUCACUAAUAGUGAAGAAGCGAUUGGACGCCAUUUUGCCGAGUUGCUCAAGGGGAUUAGCGAGGAAUAGUCAGAAACUCUCAACCAAUCAGCGCUCGUGAUUUUCUAUAAUUACCUGUGUAUUUAUACUAAAGGAAAAUAAUCCACUUCAGUGUGAUGAUAGUAUCUCCACUUCCUACCUUCAUGUAAAUAGCAUGUCCCCAGAUAUUUUAUUCUUGAGAUGGAAUUCUUGGACUAUUACAGGUUUGGCUAAAUAUAAAACAUUUACUUUUUUUUCUUAAAUCCACGUCUGUCAGACUCUUUCCGACUGCUCUUGAUGUUUGUGACUCAAGUGAAGGUCGAAACACACAGUGGCACCAACUAAUCAAGUGUUUUCAGCUAACAGGUUGACGCUGGGAUGAGGUAACGCAAUCUGGGGACUUUCCAUGGAAUACAGAGACAUCGGAUUCCUCUAUGCUCUUUACAGACCGGAAUAUUUAUUACUCACUGAGCUAGUGCUUAUACUGUUUUCUAGUGAGAAUGUGUGUACGUGUUUAUUCAUGGUCUGAGAAUGUGAUUGGAGUGGAUUAAACAGUUACUCAAUCACAGUAUGCUGAAAUCACUGAUGGCAUUAACCACAGAACCACAUUUCCGUCAUUGAUUCACUUCACACCAUCUCACUAGUGGCUAUAAAAAAUGAUUAAACUUCCAGCGAAAUGCUAAAAAAUUAUCAAACUCAAUGAACACGUUGUUUUCAAUGGUUUUUAAACAAAAACUGUUGAUUGGGAUUUUUUUUCUUUGUAUAGUUUCAACUUUUUUGAAAUACAGGAGUGUAUCCAUUUUGAUGAGUUUCUCAAAAUAUGUUGACCAGCGAAUUGUUCAAACUCGUAAUUACAUGUUGAUUAUUCCAUUUGUAAACUGUGACUCUCAUGAAAUCCUCUCUCAAUAAACAACCUUUAUUCCUGAUCUUGAUCUAA